AUGUCAGAUAAAAAUCGGAAGUUGCUGGAAUAUUUCAGCAUUGGAGUGGUUGUAACAUUCCAUUCUGCAUCUUUAGUGGAGACGGUCCAAAGUGAUAUAGCAAGUGAAAAACCAGGACUUUUUGAUAUAUUUCGAGAAGGAAGUCUUCGAUUUCUGUAUUGGAGUUCACCACAGAAGGGCAGAAUGCUGCCUGCUUGGGCGUUAAUAGGGCCAUGUGUUUCAUUGGGAAUUAUAAAGUAUUUAUUCAGUUUAGUAAUUCGUGGGCUGUCUUCUAGGAUUAUAAGACGGCGGUUAACAGCUUUAAGAAAAAAACGUGCUGAAAAAAUUUGCGAUGAUGAGCUAGAAAAUCAAAAUGCUGAGAUAUAUACCAAUCUUAUAACAACAAUAACCACCGAGGUCAUUUUCUAUCCUUUUGAAACCGUGUUACAUCGUCUUCAACUACAAGGUACACGAACUAUUAUUGACAAUUUAGACAAUGGUUAUGCAGUUGUUCCAAUACUAACAAACUAUCAAGGAGCCAUCGAUUGUUACCAAUCGACCAUAUUUUCAGAAGGUUUUUGUGGGCUCUAUAAAGGAUUUGGCGCAAUGAUUCUACAAUUCAUGUCACACCUUGCUGUCCUUAAACUAUCAAAGUUGAUUGUAAGCAAAAUAUCUGAAACUCUUUCAAAUCAGCCAUCAUCACGAGUUGUGCACUACUAUAAUAUCGAUAAUAUUGUUUGUAGUUCUAGCUCAUCGAAUAUGUCGUAAAGCAUAGUUUUUCCUAAAAUAUAUUAAUUAAGUGACAACUAAGGAGGACUAUAAUAUAUUUAA